AUGAGAACUCACUUAAUUGUUCUUUUCAAUCUGGUGAUUGUGGCCUACUUGCUCACAUGCAGCAAAGGUGUUCAAGAUCAACUAAACGAGGAAUGUUUAUCACUGAAUAGGUCAUGUUUUCCACCCGAUUUCAUAUUUGGGACAGCAUCGAGUGCUUAUCAGUAUGAAGGAGCAGCAAGUGAAGAAUACGGCAAAGAACCGAGUAUUUGGGAUACGUUCACGAAGGAACAUCCAGAAAAAAUACCUGAUGGCUCAUCUGGAGAAGUUGCCAAUGAUUUCUACCAUCGGUACAAGGAUGACAUCCGCAUGAUAAAGCAGCUCGGUUUCGAGUCCUUUAGACUCUCCAUUUCUUGGUCUAGAAUAUUACCAAGAGGGACAAUAAGUGGAGGAGUGAACUUUGAUGGAAUCAACUUCUAUAACAAUCUCAUAGACGAUCUCUUGCAAAAUGGUAUAAAACCUAUUGUGACUUUGUUCCAUUGGGAUCUUCCACAAGCUCUUGAAGAUAAAUAUCGUGGAUUUUUAAGCCCGGAUAUUGUGGAGGAUUAUCACGAUUAUGCGAAUCUGUGCUUCGCACAAUAUGGUGAUAGAGUGAAACACUGGACCACUUUCAAUGAGCCAUACAUUUUUUCAACUCAAGGGUAUGAGAGUGGUGUUAUGGCACCAGGUCGUUGUUCUGAUUAUGCUGGAAAUUGUCCAAAUGGGGACUCGGGAACCGAACCUUAUAAAGUAGUUCAUCACAUACUUCUUGCACAUGCGGAUGUGGUAGACUUGUAUCGGAAGAAAUUUCAGCCAACUCAAAACGGAAUUAUAGGAUUAGUGGAAACAAGUCAAUGGGCGGAACCGAAAUUCCAAACACUUGAAAGCCGCAAGGCUGCCAAGAGAGCUCUUGACUUUAUGCAUGGAUGGGUUUUUGAUCCCAUAGUGUUUGGAGACUACUCAAAAAUCAUGAGAUCAUUAGUUGGACAUCGAUUGCCUAAGUUUACCGACGCUCAAUCAGAACUUUUAAAAGGGUCAUACGAUUUCUUAGGUUUAAAUUACUAUACUGCAAGAUAUGCAGAUGAUUCCAAUGACAACGUAAGCAGUCACAAUCCAAGGCCUGCAAAUGAUAUGCAUGUUAAUCUCACAAUUGAGGGGAGCGAUGGACGUCCUAUUGGCCCACAGACUCCAACAUCCUGGCUUCUCAUCUAUCCAAAGGGAAUUGAAGACUUGGUUUUGUACUUGAAAGAGAAAUACAACAAUCCUCCUCUUUACAUCACUGAGAAUGGAGUUGUCGACACCCCUGAUGUUAAAAGGGGUAUUCUUGACACUUUCAUUCCAAAUGAUUGGUUGGUUGAUGAUCGCGUGAGGAUAAAGUACCAUCAUGACCAUCUGUCGCAUUUGCUAAACGCUAUAAAGGCUGGGGCAGACGUGAGAGGAUACUAUGCUUGGACAUUUCAAGAUGUUUUUGAAUGGAAUUCUGGUUUUACCAGUAAGUUUGGCCUCGUCCAUAUCGACCGUGACAAUAAUUUAACGAGAACCAGGAAAGGAGCUGCAGACUGGUUCGAGCACACUUUUUUCGGAAAAUCGCAAGCACUAAUACUGGAUCAGCAGCCCACUUUGUUGGCUUCUGCAUAA